GGCCGACACUAUUCUGCCCCCUGGCCCGGUGGAGGACUCGGUGCGCAGGGGUGGGGAAAACAACAGGCGUUACACAAAGACGCAGUUUGAUUGGAUGACUUCUUUCGGCUCAUAACAUCUGACGUACAAACGACUAACCAUAGACUGUCAAUAUCAACGCUGAUGUUCUGGUUUUUGCCGAUAAAAAAGGAACUGUCAAUCGUUUAGGUGUCUUUAAAUGACUUACACAUGUACAAUUUAGCAGUAGCAUUUUAUACAUGCAUAUCAGGAUUUGUCUGACUUCCUUCAAACUAUUCCAGGGGAAAAGGGGGGCUAUCUGUUAGUCUCCAACCAGUCUUCCUUUCGGCUUACCGAUAUGGCGAGCAAGAUCCUCUUGAAGUUGUUUCGUCCUCCUGAAUGUUCACAAUUUGCGUCUGUCCGGUUGGGUCGCUUUUUUCGGGGACAUGAGGCUGUAGUGGCGAUGACAGGGACCAGACAGUCCUCCAGCGACUCUCCUCCGGGGAAAAUCAGCCGCUAUCCAAUUCCUUACAGGAAGGACUUGCCUUAUGACAUAGUUGAGCUCAUGGAGGAAGUGGAGUCAAAGGGGGGCUUUUUGCCCAAUGUCUUCAAGGUCCUCUCUCACAGACCAGCAGAGUUCAGAGCCUUCUUUGCAUACUACAAUGAACUCAUGAACAAAGAGACAGGCAGGUUAACCAAGGCAGACCGUGAGCUGAUAGUGGUGGUGACCAGUAUCCACAACAGGUGUCUCUACUGUGUGGUGUCCCAUGGUGCACUGCAUCGUAUCUACUCAAAGAAUCCCACUCUGUCUGAUCAGGUCAUUGUUAACUAUGAGAAUGCGGAUCUCGCGCCUCGGGAGCGCGCCAUGCUGGACUUUGCUUUGGCUGUGUGCCGCUGCGACACCAUCACAGAGAAACACUUUGAGUCUCUGGAGGAGGUGGGCUUUGACCGCGAGGAUGCCUGGGACAUUGCUGCCAUCGCUGCUUUCUUUGCCAUGUCCAACCGGCUGGCCCACCUCACUGACAUGAGGCCAAACCUGGAAUUUUUUAACAUGGGUCGCGUGCCUCGGGACAAGAGCAAGGACAAAGCAGGAGAUGAUAAGUGAAAAGCAGCACAGAAGUGUUACAGAAGUGUGCUUGAAAAAGGGGUAUAUAAUACAACAGCCAAAAAUCUUUCAGUUUUGUCUUCAUUUUCUUUUCUCCAUCUGUUUUGAAAUGAUACCAUUGAUAAUGAUAACAUUGGAGCUUUCAUGGUUGAAAAUCUGCCCUGAUAAUCCCUUUGUAUGCGAGCCUGCCGGACAUAACAGCACACACUGACUUUAAGAGCUGUGAGCACCUUGAUGUUGAAGUAUGAAUGAGAAAAUACACUGGUGUGAUAUGAAUGUACGAUUUUUCUCUGUGCGUUAUAGGGACACGUUUGGAUUUAUGGGCUGGUGAUGAAGUAAUAUGAUGAUGUCUUUAACAGAAAAUGUUUAUUUUGUUUCCCAUCGUGUUUUGACAUUUUGUUUUGUUUGAUGGCUGUCUUGUAGUGGUCAAGUGCAUUAGGCUGACUGUGAAAAAUCUAGAGGUCUUUGUAGACUUUCUGAAGUCUGAAGAAGAGAGACACUGAGAGUCUGGAUCUCAAGAAUUAUAGUUCAGCAUUUGAAAAUGCACUGUUUUGAUACACUUUUUGUUUUGCCAACAAGAAUAUAAAAAAGCUAUAUAUAUAGCUAUAUUUCCAGCUAUAAAACUGUCAUCUAAAGACAAAGUGAUAAGUAGCUUUUCCAAGCCUGUGAUAUUGUUCUUUAAUAAAUUAAAUAAAUAAAAAACUUAAAAAGCACCAAAUCAGGUGAAACUUAUUAUAGUCAUACUGACAUUUCAAUAAAUACAAUGGGAUUUUGUUAGUUUAAUUUAUCUUAUUCUACCAGUGACAGCAAAUUUACUUUUUCAGAUGAAGUACAGUGAAUGGCCACCAGAUGACACUGGAUUUAAGUAGUUAUUGGAGACAUUAACUUCUACCAGCACAUGCAAUAUUGAGAAAUCAUAGCUCUAAUUUUUGCUUAUCUUUUUUCUGUUAAUUUUAUGAUCUCAGGGCCGUGUUAAACUAAACAUCUUAAAACCAUCUGAUGCCAAAAGUCUCACAUGGCUGCAGGCAUCAGUACAGGGUUUCUCUUUGAUGGGCAGGUGCUCACUUCUGCACUCAAAUUCUUGAAUAAUUAGAAGCU